AUGUUUAUAAGAAAAGAAUUUAUUAUUAUAAUAGUUGCUUUAUGUAGGGUAUACUGUAGAGUAGGAAUCAGUGCAUAUAAGGGUUUACAUACCAAAGAAAUAGGAGAUGGAAUGUGUAUAAGAGCAAAUGGGUCAAUAUCACCCACACGAGAAUUUAUUUCUGAGAAGCUCAAUUUAAUGUCUUCAAUGCGGUUUUUAUCGCCGGGUGUAGAUGCAAAUUACAGUCUAAGUGUUACAGAUAAUGAAAAUAAUGAAGAUGAUAAAAAUAGUGAAAAUAGUGAAGAUGAUAAAAAUAGUGAAAAUAAUAUAAAAAUAGAGUCAACAAGAGACUAUAAUAAGGAUGUGGCAUAUAAAAAACUCUCUAAUGAAGAAGAGAGUAAAGAAAAAGAGAAAAAGACAACAUAUCUUGAAGACUACCAUCAAACAGUAAUAGAGAUGUUUCCUUCUUCAAUCGGGCAUUUGACAGUACAUACUUCUAAUGAUGAUUCAUUCAUUAGAUUUCUUGAGUUUGAGCAUGUGAGUAAGCAUAAAAUUGAUAUUUUGGCCUGUUUGUUUCUAUUAGCAGAAGGAGCGGAUAUACCACUGAAAGUAGAAGGUGAUAAAAUCAAUCUAAUGCUAGUUUUGAAAGAGAUUAUAGCAAAAUCUACUGAGCAAAAGAGUAAACCCGAAAUUAAGCAGAAGAGUGAAGAGAAAAAAAAUAAAUUCUCUCUAAGUAUGAAAGGUAUGUGUAGUAUAGAGAAGGAAGAUAAUACAUUCAAGGAUAAAAAUGUGUUACAAACAAGAGCAGCAGAUGUUAUAAACUUCUUUAUAGACAACAAAACAAACCCAGAUAUACGAGAAGGGGGUAAAUAUGCAGAGCCAAGAACAUAUGAAGAGUUUAACACAGGAAAGUUUUUAAACAAUGCAAGGUGGCUAAUACAGUAUUAUAUAUUUGAGUACUUGGAUAGUGAAGAAAAAAUAAUUGAGUUUGCAAAGACAGUAUAUUCUAUGCUUAAAGAGUGUAUAGAACAGAAAAAGAGUGAAGGAUCAAAUAACGAAGUGAAAUAUCUUGAAAGCAUUGUUAAUAAGUGCUUUGUGAAAUCCAGUAAUGCUAAUACGAUUAAAGCAAAGCAUAUAAUAGAUAUAAUGGAUGUAAUAUAUGGAGAGUCUUCUCUAGAAAAUGUACUUCCAUUCACUGGUAGUAUAGGCAUGCCUGAAUAUAAAUCUAUUUCAUCAUAUAAUAGAAAAGAAGAUUCCUUUAAUAGUAGUAGCAUAUACAGCAACUGUGUUGAGGCUGGGUUACUUGGCUUGUUUUGCUGUUUGGCAUAUGAUCCAAAGACUAAAAAGUAUAAUAUAGAUCAUAUGGGAGAAGUAUCACCGGACUUGAAAAGGUUCUUUGAUACGUACAAUAAACAACUGGAGUCUGAUACAUACGAGAUGCAUAUGGAGUGGAGUAAAGUAGUGGCUGAUCUAGAGAAUGAGAAUAUUAGAUAUCUAAAAGAAAAUAGGAAUGAGCUUGCGCCUGGUAUAAUAAAUAUGCUAUAUGUCAUUGCCGAAAUAACUGGAAGAUAUUCCGAAGAAGAAAAGUCUCUUAAAGAGCUCAGUACUCUUUUAGAAGAAGAUGAUGAUGAAAAACAGAGUGAAUUAUUCACAAAGGUGAAAUUAUACCUGAAAGAAUUAUUUUUAUCACUCUCUAAGAAAUAUACUGCGGAAGAAAACUCAGAAUUAGCAAGAAGAGAAAUAAAGAUAGAUAUUUUAAAGAUGUCGAAAUGCUCAAAUAUUAAAAAGCAAGUGGAAUUAUUUGGAGAAGUAGUUAUAGAAUAUAGUUAUUUAAAAUUAAAGGGAUAUGUAAAAUUGUGUCACACAGCUAAGUAUUUAAAUGUCACAGCCUUCUAUAGUUAUACCUGUAUUCUGACAGAUAAACAAUUCAAUGAAUUAGUUAAUAACAAGAACAGUAUUAAAAAUCAGUCGGAAAAAACUCUAACAGAUUUCCUACUUAUACAUCAUGCAGAAUUAGUGAUACUGCGCUUAAAAAAUAUUUCCUGCGAUCAUAAGGAAGAUCUAAUGAUUUCAGGAGAAAACAAUUAUUCCUAUCCAAUAGAAAAGUUUUUUUUAUAUAACUCACUAAGAACUCCCGAAUCUAGAAUGUAUAAGAUACAUUAUAUUCGGAGGUGUCUCUUGGGGUAUCCAUUAAAAGAAAAUGAUCAAUGGUCACGUUUUCUGUCUAAUAUGAUAGGAAGUCUUUCACUGAAUAACUUUUAUACAGUGAAAGAAGUUUUUUUCUGCCCAUUCUAUAGAGGAGGGUUAUACAAAACCUUUUGUAAAAAAGUUAAUAUACCUCUGGUGAUAGUUGAUAAGUAUAAUAAGCCAGACAUGGAUUGUUUAAAUUAUGAGAAUUAUGUAAAUAAUAGCAACAUACUCAGUGGGUACAUAGAGCUUUUAAAGUUAUAUUUACUAACAAAAGAUGAUGAAAAUUAUUUUUUAACAACUGUGAUAAGAUUCAUGGAAGCUCAUAGCAAGAUUAGGCUUUUUUCGGUAUUAACACAUGAUGGUACAUCUAUAGAUCCAUUAUUAGAAAUUGAAGCGUUUUUAAGUGGCUUAGAUAGAAGUCUUCCAGAAUAUGAAAAAACCACAAAGCCCGAUGAUAUGUGGGUGUUUUGGCUUAAGCUAUCCCUUGAGUCAGAGAAAUUCAAUGAUAUUACAUCCAUAUUAUUUGACAAAAUUGUAAUUGAUACGAACCUUAUUACAAUCAAAGGAAUUAAACACGAAUAUACAGAUGAAAAUAUUAACAUAUCGAUAUCUAAUUUUAAAGAAAAAUAUCCGUCUAAAGUAGUAGAACAUGUGCUUAAUUUGAUUGAAAACAACUCUGAAUAUGCAAAAAAACUUAGUUAUUUGCUAGAAAAGUACAAUGUGUUUUUGAAGAUGCUGUAUGCUAGGGAUCCUGCUGGUAUGAGAAUGCAGAAUUUAUAUGAAUAUCUUCAAAAACAUGAUAAUCUAAAUUAA